AUGGAGACAGACAACCCAAACAGCGGGCCCAAAUCAGGGAGAGGAGGAACAAACGACGCCGAAGUCACGAACUCCCUAACCCCCAAAAUCCAACAAGCGCAGAAGGGCCCGUCAGGCCGUACCAUUGCCUCGGCAAAAAAGUCUAGACUCUCGACGAUUGCGGAGAAAAACCAAAGCGCCUCUAACCCCGAUGGAGAGGACUCUCAAGACGAGGAGGAGAGCAACGAAGACCCAACAGAGGUCCUGGGACUGCUAAGAGCAGCCCCUACCAAAGGCAAUCCAAAAAAAGGAGUCACGGGCCAGAAGAGAAUACUCGAAGAAAUUGAGGACCCGUCGGAGGAAGAAGAGCAAGCAGCCAUCCUAAAGAAAGCGAUGACCGCACACUGCUCAGACAUAGACUCUCUUAAGAAAUCGUUGGAUCGGACCGUUUGUGGUACGUUGGAUACGAUCCAGUCGAUCGCAGAUUGUUUCCAAGCAUCUGAACUGGCCAUUGCCCAACAUUCAUGGCGAGAUAUACGACUUGAGAUAGAGGAACAACAUCGGUAUAUCCUCGAGAAACUCGAUCGAUCAACACGUUUAAAGCGGAAGUCCGACCACUUUGUCGGCCAAUCAGUCAUUCAAUUAGCUAGAUUAAGCCUCCCAAUCUUCAAACUGUCCAAGAUUUUCUUCGCCAAAUUGUCCGAACGAGGGUUGGCCCGCGAACGGAUUCCGAUUCAUACAGAAAUCAGUUCGGAACAAAUUGACAUUAUUGCUGAAUCUGUCAAUAGUGUGGCCGAACGUCUUCAUGAAAUCGAGACCUUUUUAGACUGUGCUAAUCGACGUUAUGGAUGUAGUAACCAGGUCAUCGCAGCAGCUGAAACACUUAAAGAAAACUUCGAGUCCCCUUUGUUUCUCGUACUUCUGCACUUUAUUCCUUUGAUUCCUGAUACCGAGGGUCUUCAUCGUCAAAAACAUUAUCAGGAUUGGUGUGUAACUUGGAAUACUCACAUGUCUUUAGCUAUCCAUAAUUUCACACUUGCUGCCAAGUCAUAUACAAAUGCCAGGCCUUGA